AUGUCCGACUCUAAGGAUCAGGUCACCGUUCAGACGGCCGACUCGAUCGAUCGUGUGUCGUCGUCGCAGCCGAAGGAUGCCUCGGUCGCGGGUGUGAACUCCGCCGAGGAGACGCCCGUUGUGUCGGCUGACAAGGUUGACGAGGAGAAGAAGGGAUUCUUAGCGUAUUUCCAGACCAAGGAGUUCUAUAUUACCUUGUUCCUUGGACAACUGCUCGCCAUCGCCAACACCUCGACUAGCACCUUCACCACGCUUCUGGGUGAGGAGGGCUGGGCCAUCCCCACGUUCCAGACACUGCUCAACUACAUCGUGCUGACUUGCAUUUUUACUCCUUACACGAUAUACCGUUACGGAUUCAAGGGCUGGCUCCGUGUGAUCUACACUGACGGCUGGAAAUAUAUCAUCCUCGCAUUCUGCGAUGUUGAGGGCAACUACUUUGUCGUGCUGGCCUAUCAGUACACUACCAUGCUCAGCGCUCAGCUGAUCAACUUCUGGGCUAUCGUGGUCGUCGUCAUCAUCUCGUUCUUGUUCCUCAAGGUCCGCUACCACAUCACUCAGAUUCUGGGUAUCGUUAUCUGUAUCGGUGGUAUGGGUGUGCUCAUUGCCUCGGACCACAUUACCGGUACCAAUGGCGGGGAUGUCUCUAGUGGCCACCAGUUGAAGGGUGACCUGUUCGCCCUGCUGGGUGCCUCGUUCUAUGGUCUGACCAACACUGCGGAGGAGUACUUCGUUAGCAAGAAGCCCGUGUACGAGGUCCUGGGUCAACUCUCGCUCUACGGAUGUAUCAUCGACGGCGUGCAGAGUGCCAUCUUCGAGCGCCACAACUACCACUCUUCCGUCUGGGACGGCAAGGUGGGCGGCUACCUGACCGGUUUCACUCUGUGCCUGUCGCUAUUCUACUGUCUUGCCCCGUUGAUGUUCCGCCUGUCGUCCGCAGCCUUCUUCAACAUCUCCCUGCUCACCAUGAACUUCUGGGGUGUCUGCAUCGGCAUCAAGGUCUUCCACUACCACAUCCACUGGAUGUACCCCAUCGCCUUUGUCCUGAUCAUCAUCGGCCAGCUGAUUUACUACCUGGGCCGCAAGGCUCUGGCCGAGGCUCGAAAGCCCUGGUUGGGCCGGAACCAGGAGAACGGCGUUGCCGGAUUGUUCACCGCGAGGCAGCGCAUCGAGCAUGCCGCGCCAGCUGGACAAGACCCCCAGGAGCACGAUCCCGAGCGCCCACCCACCCACAACACCAGCUCUGUCUGA